ACAAGGGAUGAAACAAAUAAAUUUACUUAGGUGUCAUCUGUGUUAAAAAAGAGAAUUUCUAGAUGGUAUGUAAUAAAACAGCGUGUAAUACAGCAAUAUAUUUGUAUUGCAUUUGGUUAUAAAAAAUUGUGAUUUUGGUGCUGAUAGCUUAAAUUAGUUUUAUUAAAAAUAUAUAGUUUUAUAUAAGAGAAACCUUGAAGGGGUAGACUGUGCAAUAGACGCGCAGAGAGCAUAAACACUUCGAUGGUGCGUAAUAAAACGCAAUCGACUUCAUCGUCCUCCUCAGGCAAUGCCAGUGGCAGUGCAAGCAAUAGCAGCAGUAGCACCAAGUCUCCUAUCCGUCAGAACAGUACCAAUAGUAACAAUAUAAACAGUGGCGCGCGUACACACCGCAAAUCAUCUAGUACUUGCAGUGUUGCAUUAGCCGACGAUUCAAAACCAACAUCGUCAUCCAACCGGCGCUCUCCACCACAAGCUAACACCAAUACUUCGCACACCGACGAGGAAACGGACGGGGAGUAUGACAGAACCCCCACUGGCGGCGCCCCAUCGAUCAGUUCUGUGCACAAGCAAAAUCUUUAUAUCGUUUCAUUUCCCAUAAUUUUCCUCUUCAAUAUUUUGCGUUCGUUGAUUUAUCAAUUGUUUUGCAUAUUUCGAUACGUAUACGGAGCCAGCACAAAGGUGAUCUAUAGGCCACAUAAACGAGAGUGCAACAUUGAGAUUGUUGUCGGCUCAAAUAAAUCAUUUCAAAAUUCGCAAAACGAGAAUUCUCUAGCAAACGAAAUUGAUAAAAAUCAAAUCGUACAAUAUCAUUCGCGUAAUUCUGCGUUAGCUACUUACCCGCUUGUCGGUGGAGUUGGAAAUAUUACUGCUGCUGGAGGUCAACAGCGGUUUCGUACUACACAACAACUUGAAAUGUCGGGAAGAGGAAAUGCAUCCAGUUCACCAGGUCCUGGGGAUCCUUUGUUGGCAAAACAGAAACAUCACCACCGCAGAGCAUUUGAGUAUAUUUCAAAGGCUCUAAAAAUUGAUGAAGAGAAUGAAGGCCACAAAGAACUCGCAAUUGAGCUUUAUCGUAAAGGCAUCAAGGAAUUGGAAGAUGGAAUUGCAGUUGAUUGCUGGAGUGGACGUGGUGAUGUAUGGGAGCGAGCACAACGUCUUCACGACAAAAUGCAAACAAAUCUUUCAAUGGCACGCGAUCGGCUACACUUUUUAGAGUUACGCGAAGCAGAACUCAAUUUCCAUACCUUAAAACUUAGAGACACCGCAGCGCAGCAAUCUGACAAUAUAUCACACAAAAAUAAAAUUUUGGUGGUGCCACCUAUGGUUGUAAAUGGCACCGGUUAUAGUAAUUCCGCAACCACUUGUCCAUCCUCAGCAAGAACUAAUUCACGGUUACCUUCCUCUAGUUAUAAAAGUAUUCUCAAAUCCAAUAGACAAUUAAAUUCGGAUAGUUCUAAGCCCAGUACCUGUAGUUCCAGCACUUUGGCAGCUAGAUCAUCUUUGGCAGCCUCGGGCCGCAAAUUGACAGUGAGCUCAAAACGCCCUGGAAAUCUAGCCGUUAUUAAUAAGUCUCAAACCUUACCGAGAAACUUGGGUUCGAAGAAUGCGAGUAGUGCCGCAAUGCAGAGACAACCAGUUAAAACUGCGGCUACUCCACCGGCAGUACGCAGGCAAUUUUCCUCUGGCAGAAAUACACCACCGCAACGUGCACGUACACCUAUUAAUUCAAGUUCCAAUUAUGGUGGUCAAAGUGGCGCUACCGCACCUGCUGUAACUGUUAAAGGAGUAGAACAAAAAUUGGUCCAAAUAAUUUUGGAUGAAAUAGUGGAGGGAGGCGCCAAAGUGGAAUGGUCUGAUAUAGCUGGGCAGGAAGUGGCUAAACAAGCCUUGCAAGAAAUGGUUAUUCUGCCCUCGGUGCGUCCUGAGCUUUUCACAGGACUACGUGCACCUGCUAAAGGUUUGCUCUUAUUUGGACCGCCAGGCAAUGGUAAAACGCUGUUGGCACGCGCUGUCGCAACAGAAUGUAGUGCGACAUUUUUAAAUAUUUCCGCAGCCUCUCUCACCAGCAAAUAUGUAGGAGAUGGUGAAAAACUUGUGCGUGCACUAUUCGCUGUAGCACGUGAAAUGCAACCAUCUAUUAUCUUCAUAGAUGAAGUUGAUUCGCUACUAUCAGAACGUAGUAGUAACGAACAUGAAGCCUCACGACGACUUAAAACCGAAUUCUUAGUUGAAUUCGAUGGGCUGCCGGGAAAUCCGGAGGGUGAUCGUAUUGUCGUUUUGGCUGCCACAAAUAGGCCGCAAGAACUCGAUGAGGCAGCCUUGCGACGCUUUACUAAGCGUGUUUAUGUCUCACUGCCCGACUUGGAAACACGCGAGCUAUUGUUAAGUCGAUUACUGGAAAAACAAGGUAGUCCACUUGGAACAGAGGCCUUACGUCGCUUGGCAAAACUUACAGAUGGCUAUUCAGGUUCUGAUCUCACAGCGUUAGCUAAGGAUGCUGCACUCGAACCGAUUCGUGAGCUUAAUAUGGAACAAGUAAAAUGUUUAGAUAUUAGCGCAAUGCGUCCGAUAACGGAAAAAGAUUUUCAUAAUUCACUAAAACGAAUUCGACGUUCCGUUGCAUCGCAAAGUUUGAACUCAUAUGAAAAAUGGUCACAAGAGUAUGGUGAUAUAACGAUUUAAGUAACUAAGAAAACGCGUUUCGUAGUUUGUGAAAGAAAACAACUUUCUCACUCGUUUCCCAAUCGCUUAAAUUAGUUGACUAAAAUAAAUUUAAAGAUGAAUUGCCGUAUUCCAAUGCUACUAUUAUAGUCACAUUAGUGCUUGAUGUACAUAUGACUUUGUAACAGAUUUAUUUGUCCCAUUAAUGUUUCUGCCUUAACAACUUUUCAUCUUUUCACCUCAUUAACUGAAUGUCGCAUUAGUAAUCAGCCGCUUUACGUUUGUAAUAAGAAUCAUUUACUUCUCAGUUGAAGCAGUGCACACACUUGGAAUACACAAAAUAUUAUCCACACAUAAAUAGUUAGGGGAUAUGAUUAAAAUGCAUUAGUAAAUUUCAGAGGAAAGUCCGAUGUUAAAACUCAUCUUUGGUCUAGUGAAGUGCAUUAUUGACUUUCAUUUUCAUUAAGAGAUAAAUAUUUAAUAUUAAAUACUCAAUGUUAAAAGCCAUUACGAUAUACACUGUGUCUUUUGAUAAAACUACUUGUUUGACUUUAGCAGGAAAAGUCUAAUCUUUCAUUAAACAAUUUAGUCGUACAAUUCAAGUUUUAUGAAGUUGGAUUCUUAACUUAAGUCUUAGAAUGGUUAAUGGUUUUUACAUUGCAUUAGAAUCCUGCAGUGUUUUGGCUGGAAAGGCAAGUUGUUUUGUCAAGAACGCAGAGAUAUGCCUACGCUCGUAUAUUAUUCGAACGCAACUUAGCGGCUGAGGUAACUUACUUGCGAAAAUACAAAGUUGUCUGUUCAAUAAUGAUGCAACUAUUAAUGCGGUUUAAGAGGAGUUAUAUAUUUCAUCAACAUAUUUCUCAGCAUUGAUGAGAUGACCCUGUUGCGGUUUCAAGUGAAUGAAAGUAUUACUAAAAUAAUUAAUUAACAGCCUGUAGUUUUAUUUGCACAAAUAUACGAAAUUAACGAAUAACGGGGCUAUAUUACAAACAUGAAAUCUAUAACGUACGUUUAAUAAUGUACGCUUAAGUAAUAAACACAUUUAACAAUUUAAUUACUAUAUCUUGUCACAUUCCUGAGAAAUUUCGCCUGUUCUAUGUACAUACACACAUACAUAUAUGAGUAUGCUUUUAUUAUAUCUAUGUUUAGCGAAUAUGUCGAUAUUAUUUAAUAAUUAUUAAUGCAGUUUUUAUUAAUAUUAUUUGUAUAUGUUUUCAAAUCGGAUUUUUGUAUACUUACGUCUACUUUGGAAGGCGAAUUAUAAUUAAAAACGUGA